AAUUCUUUGCACGGACCAAUAUCUUUAUAUUAUACAAUAAUUUUAAUUGAAAUAAAUGUGUAGCAUCUACAUUGAAUAAAACAGACAAAAUAAUAUUUUCUAACUAAGAUCAUGGCAAUUUCUAAUACUUCAUUGAAUAACGUGGUGAAAAGGCUCGAAAACAUAUGUACAAAAAUGGAAAAGGCACAAGAAGGUGUAUCUUCACAACCAUUUCAACAAUUAAUUAAGAAGAGCCCUAUGAAUAUUACAAAUGGUCAUAGCGCUAGCUCAAUGGAUUCCUCCGAUAGCCACGAAUCUCCCGCGAUUCAAAUGUACGAUGACAUGAUAUCCGAUCCAUUGUCCAAAUACCAUGAUUUAAGCCAAAAAAUAGGUGGGCCUGUCUCGCAACAAGCUGAAUUAGUGAUGAUUUGCUUCAACUCAUUGAAAGAAAUAUUGAAAAUGGCUUCUCAUUCCAAAGCUCCUCCAGAAGACAAAUGGAAUCAAAUAACGCAUCCUUUGAUAAGCAAAAUACAACAAGUCAUAGAAAUAGCUGAAGCUAACAGAUCCAGUCCUCUGUUCAAUAAUUUGUCUGUUGUCAGCAAUUCCAUUCCCGCUUUAGGGUGGAUCAAUAUUAAAAACACCCCUGCUCCUUAUAUUAAGGAGAUGCACGAUUCUGGAACAUUUUAUUCGAAUAAAGUGAUCAUGGAGCAUAAAGGAAAAACUUCUCCUCAUAUUGAUUGGGGGAAAUCCUGGAAUGAAGUUUUAACUAAUUUGUACAAUUACGUCAAGAAGACUAACACUACCGGGCUGAAAUGGAACGAUAAAGGUCAAGAUGCGCAUGUGCCAGAUAAACACGUCAAUCCCGAAGGAAAAGGUAUAGAAAGUAAGUCUGGUCAAUCUACAUUUACCUAUCAUGAAACCAUUAGUGUUAAAAAUUUAAAAAAGGUCACCGACACCGAUAAAAAUUACAAAAAUAAAGAUAUGAAAGCUCACGGGACCGUCCCUUCCCAUAUAACCCCGGCAGCUGCCCCGGCAAAAGUUGUGGGUGGAAGUUUGGAGAGUCAAAUCAAGGAUAAAAAGGCCAACACCCAACUCCAAGGCAACAAAUGGGUGGUAGAGUAUCAUCAGAGUAACCCCAACAUUAAGAUCGUAGUGGAAGAGAUCAAGCAAUGCGUUUACAUUUAUAAAUGCGUAAAUAGUUCGAUUCAAGUUCAAGGAAAACUCAAUUCCAUUUGCUUGGAUAAUUGCAAAAAGUGCGCUGUCGUGUUUGAUAGUGUUAUAUCGCAACUAGAAGUCACCAAUAGUCAGGGUUCUGAAAUUCAAGUUUUACAAAAAUGUCCCCUUAUGUGUUUGGAAAACUGUGACGGGGCUCAAGUUUAUUUCAGCAAAGAAUCAAUGGACACCCAACUGAUAUCCGCGAAAUCCACUCAAAUCAACAUCCUAGUGCCAACAGAUGAAGAAGGAGAUUAUAAAGAAUUUCCGGUGCCUGAACAAUACAAGACAGUGUGGGAAACUGAUCACUUCGUAACUACAGCUGUCGAAAAAAAGGGUUAACUACAACAGUCAGCAAAUACGUCGUUUCCAAAAACAGAAUGAUUUUUUUUUGCUUUUGAAUUAAAUAAGUUUACUGUUUUUUUAGUAUAUAAUUAAUUUAUUUAUAAUUAGCAUACCCGAAAUAAUCUCACUAUCUUACCUAAUAUUCUGUUAAAUGAUGUAAUAUAUAUUAUAUAUAUAAAAUAGCGAGUAUGUCAUAUGUAAAGU